GAGAUUUGACAGGUAUGGAUGGCCAAGGGCAACAGUAGAUUUCAUGGCGCAGAGGGAAUAUUAUGGCAUGAACUGCAGCCAUGGUAAUUAGUUCGGCACUCAGGACCUUUCCUGGAGAGUGUGUACACUGUGCCAUAGCAGCUGCUUUGAUGGGAGUGCAGGUUUUUUGAGCGGAGCAAGCCAGUAGUGAGCCAAAAGGCUCCAUAAAAUUUUUGAGAGAGCGCUUUGACAACUCGCCAUCGCUUUCCUCGUAAAACAAUAAUUAAAAAUGUCCUAUGGAAUGAUGCAACCCCAGAUCAUUUUGCUCAAGGAAGGCACAGAUAGUUCUCAAGGCAAAGGGCAACUUAUCUCCAACAUCAACGCCUGUGCUGCCGUUGUUGAUACCAUUCGCACCACCCUUGGACCCCGCGGUAUGGACAAGUUGAUGGUUGAUGAGCGAGGUGUGGUUACUAUCUCCAACGAUGGUGCAACUAUUAUGAAGUUGUUGGAUAUUGUUCACCCUGCUGCCAAGACCCUCGUCGAUAUUGCUCGAUCCCAGGAUGCCGAAGUCGGUGACGGCACCACCAGUGUUGUUUUGCUUGCUGGCGAACUUUUGAAGGAAGUCAAGGGCUACAUUGAAGAGGGUGUUAGCCCUCAUGUUAUUAUCAAAGGAUACAGACAAGCUGCUCGUUUGGCUAUCAACAAAGUCAAGGAAAUUGCUGUCACUGUCGAUCGCAACAAUGCAGAGGAUUUCCGUGAUUUGCUCUCCAAGUGCGCUGCUACAGCCAUGUCAUCCAAGCUCGUCCAUUCCCAAAGCAAGUUCUUCACCAAGAUGGUUGUCGAUGCUGUUAUGUCAUUGGAUCAAGAUUCCUUGAACGAAAGACUCAUUGGUAUGAAGAGAGUGCCCGGUGGUGCUAUGCAAGAUUCCAUGCUUGUUCAAGGUGUUGCUUUCAAGAAGACCUUCUCUUAUGCUGGUUUUGAACAACAACCCAAGUCUUUCAAGAACCCCAAGAUUUUGUGUUUGAAUGUUGAACUUGAACUCAAGGCCGAAAAGGACAACGCUGAAGUUCGAGUUGAGGCUGUCGAUGACUACCAAGCGAUCGUUGAUGCUGAAUGGCAAAUCAUUUUCCAAAAGUUGGAAGCCAUCGUUUCCACUGGCGCCAAGGUUGUUCUUUCCAAGUUGCCCAUUGGUGAUCUUGCCACUCAAUACUUUGCUGAUCGUGAUAUCUUCUGUGCUGGUCGUGUUACCAAGGAUGAUAUGGAUCGUGUUGUCCAAGCCGUUGGUGGCUCCGUCCAGUCCACUUGCUCUGAUAUUCGUAACGAGCAUUUGGGUACUUGCGAUACCUUUGAUGAACGACAAAUUGGUGGUGAACGCUUCAACAUCUUUGAAGGAUGCUCACAGGCCAAGACCUGCACCCUCAUUCUUCGUGGAGGUGCUGAACAAUUCAUUGCUGAGGUUGAACGCUCUCUUCAUGAUGCUAUCAUGAUUGUUCGUCGUGCUAUCAAGAACAACCUUGUUGUUGCUGGUGGCGGUGCUACUGAAAUGGAAAUUUCCAAAUACUUGCGUGAAUAUUCACGAACCAUCGAGGGCAAGCAGCAAAUGAUCAUUGGAGCCUUUGCUCGUGCUCUUGAAGUGAUUCCCAGACAGCUUUGCGACAAUGCUGGUUUCGAUGCUACUGAUAUCCUUAACAAGCUUAGAAAGCAACACGCUCAAGGCCACCAGUGGUACGGUGUUGAUAUCCAAAGAGAGACUACCCAAGAUAACUUUGAGGCUUUUGUGUGGGAACCCGCUUUGGUCAAGACCAAUGCUUUAGCUGCUGCUGUUGAAGCCGCCUGCUUGAUCUUGUCUGUUGAUGAGACCAUCAAGAACACCCAGAGCGAAAAGCCAAACGCAGGCCCUCCCAUGCCUGCUGGUGGCAUGCAACGUGCUCUUGGUGGUGGUCGCGGUCGCGGUAUGCCUAGACGAUAGAUAACUCAUUUUGUACUGAAAAAGCUCUACUUUUCUCCUCUCUUCUUCUAACAUUAUCCGUAAAUUUCAUAAAAGUUUCACACAAUUUCUGUUGCACUAAAUGUUUCUUUGCCAGUUACUUUGUCCGCCCAAAAAAACAACUCACGUGGUAAAAAAAUUUGUGUCCACUACUUGACGGUCUCUUGCUGCGUCCACUACCAGCGUCA